GAAUCAUUUAAUUAUCAUCAAGAAAUUCGAGAAACUUUUCUAGAAACUCCUCUCCGUCUCCGUCUCUCGUCGUGAUCGUGUGGUAUACAAGUGAUAAGCUGGUUCUCCAAAUCUUCUUCUUCUUCUCUGAUAUUCGGCCAAUUUCACCCCAUGUCUGGAAGACGCUUAUCACCCAAGGCAACUAUGGAUGAUGCGGUUUCAUACCUCACUGCUGUGAAGGAAGCACUUCAUGAUGAACCAGCAAAAUUUAAAGAAUUUCUCAAGGUCUUGAAUGACAUUAAAGCUCAUCGAAUCAACAAAGAUAGUGGCAUUGCAAGGAUGACUGAACUCAUUAAAGGGCACCGAAAGCUGCUUCGUGGUCUCAAUGUCUUCCUUCCCGAGGCUAAGAUAACCAUCCCUACCAAGGCUAACAAAGGGUUAGGCCAAUCUCAAACCAUAGUCUGCAUAAGAGUAUCACCGGAGCUAAGUAAGCUUAAUGCCCCUGCUUACAUGGCUUCUGUGAGAAAGGCAUUUUCUAAUGAACCUGCAAAAUUAAAAGAAUGGAUAAAGAUAUUCAAUGAUUUUAAAGCUAACAGAGCUGAUAAAGCUGGUUUCAUUGCAAAGGUGAAGGAACUCAUGAAAAACCACCGGAAUAUUCUUCUAGGUUUCAGCGUCUACCUUUCAGCUGGCACUAAGCUAACCAUCCCUCCCGAGGCUAAGCAACAUAUUGCGCCGUCUGAUAAUAACAAACGAAAACGUGCUAAGUGUAAUGAUCCAGCGAUGAUCAAGAUUACGUCUGAUAAUAACAAACGAAAACGUGCUAAGUGUAUUGAUCCAGCGAUGAUCAAGAUUGCGUCUGAUAAUACUGAUAAUAACAAAAGAAAACGUGCUAAGUGUGAUGAUCCAGAUUAUGAUCCGGAUUCUGAGAAGAAGCUUAAGUCUCCAUUGAAGAAGCGAAAGAGAAAAGGAAAGAAUGUGUCUCCACCUAAGAAAAAAGUGAAACUUAGCAAGCGCACAAUACAUUGUAAGAAAUGUGGUCAAGCAGGGCACAAUUCUCGAUCGUGUGGUAAGAGAGCUCUUCAGGCUUGUGGAAGUAGUGGAUCGCAAAUGAACGCAUCUCAAUCUCAGCGAAGUACUCAAGUAGAAGACUAGAAGCAAGUGUGUGGACUUUUUUUUUGUCUACUUAGUAGGAGUGUUUUUUUUGCCUUCUUAGUAGUAUAAAGAACUUGUGUGGCUCAUAUUUUAGUACCUGUUAGAAGAAGCAGAACUCUCAUCUUUAUUGUGUCGAUCUAUGUUACAAGUUCUAUUGUUGAAUUACAUUACAAAUUGUUUUUGUGGUUUUUGGAUUCAUUUUACAACAUUCGUGAAACUUGAUUGAAAUGAUAUCAAGCAACCUAAGAGUGAUCA